CGUUAGUUUGUCGGUCUACGCGUUGGCGUCGCGACACCCGUUUACGCGUAUCGUGGCCGUCGUUGGAUCGUGUCCCAAGUGUGCGGAAUAACCGUCGGCGAAAUUUGGCGAAUGAUCGACGGCGCGCACUGUUAUGUCUGGUGGUGCGGUCGCUGAGUGUGUAAAACUGCCGAGAGUGACUUCCGACCGAGUUUGAGGUUUCGUGCAAGCAUCGGAUGGACAGCAGACGUUGAAAAAUCGCAGAGGAAACCCCGCGUCGUCUUCCCGUGGUUAUAUCAGGGAUGGAACAUGGCGGUACGUCGAUCAUCUUGGGAGUGCAUUAGUCUGGAAAAUGGCGUCGCAAGGGAAAAAUAGAUUCUGAACUCUCGUGCUGGAAAGGUUGUGGAGAAUGGCAUUUAAUUUCCGCGUGUGCCUCAUGUGGUGUGUUGUUUUCGCAUACGUGUUUUACAUCGGUGAUGGAUUCGUUAACGGGGAGGAUAUCUUGAACGCACCUCUCAUAAGACAUAGGCGUAGCUAUCAGUCAAAGAACAAGACCAACCAGAACCUGACUCAGCCAGACAAGGACAGGAGCCCCGUUUUCGCAACAGAAAACUGCACUGUCGUGUUCGCUCAAGUUGGAGGAACAGCCACCUUGCCAUGUGUUGUGAGAAAGUUCAGCAACGGUGUGGUUUCGUGGAUAAGGAAGCACGACUACCACCUGCUGACCGUGGGCCUGGCCACCUACAACACCGACGACCGUUUCUUGGUGGAACACGUACGCCACCUGCAGAACUGGGGUCUGCUUAUCAGGAACGUCCAAGCCUCUGACGAGGGUCUGUACGAGUGCCAAAUAUCCACACAUCCACCCACCAGUAUUAUCAUCCAGCUCAAAGUCACCAAGGCUUCGGCGUCCAUCCAGGGAUCUCCCGACCUCUACCUCAGAGCUGGCUCCGUACUGCGACUGGUGUGCACCCUCCAGCAUUCCACUGAGCCCCCCGCCUACGUCUUCUGGUACCACGAGCAACGGAUGAUAAACUACGACCCAGGGGUGGAGGUGAAGGAAGGCCGCGCCUCCAGCGUGCUACAGAUGCAGGGCGCUGACAAGAGUCACAACGGCAACUACACCUGCAGCCCUUCGAAUGCGGUGCCGGCGUCUAUCAUAGUGCACGUUCUGAACGCCACUGCAGAAGAGAAACCUGCAGCUAUGCAGCAUGCCAAUGCAAGUCCUGCAGUCUCCUCGACACUGAUCCAAUACGGCCUUCUGAUAAUAAUAAUGGUAUCAAGUCAUCCGAUCACGUGAUUUACGCAAUAGUAAGGAGGUAUCUCAAAAAAAAUUACAUCUACGUUCAACGUUCAGUUCGAUGUGAAAAUUCGGUUGAAAGUGAAAUGAACUGAAGCAACCAAUCAGCUUGUUUGUGAAUCUUGAUGAUUGUUCGCAUCAAGUCAAGAAACUUAUGUAUAGUGAUGGAAAAUUAUCACUAAAAACAGCCUACGUUAUACGAAAGAAACAAGAUACUUGGUAAUAAUUGAUAUGACUCUAUAUAAAGCUCUGUGCUGGAUAAAAUGUGAAAAAUUUAUUUCAAUUUGUUGAUAUUGUUAAUGAGUAUGUUUGUUGAAGAACACUCUACAUAAUUUUCUGUUGGAGGAUACUGAAACUAAGGAAACUCGUCCAGUUUGGUUUCGAAAGUUAUCUGAGCACAAAAGAAUAGAAAAUCGACGAAACUGGUGAUUGUUGAAUGUGUUAUAUUUAAGAAUGUUUUGGAUGCAAUUGGAGCAGAUUUCUCUGGAACUUGUAUAUUUGUAUAUAGAGAAUGUAAGAUAUAUUCAUUGAAUAUGUGAUAAUGUUGAAAUAUUCGCUUGCCAAAUUGUAUCCCGGAAUUUCCUUUAUUUUUACUCAAUAAAAUGUAUUUGGAAGUGA